AUGAAGCUUAAUGAGCUCUUAUCUGAGAGAGUUGUUGUAAAAAGUUGUGUUUCAGAUGUGAACUCAUUGUUGUCUAAUAUCGUUGAGGGUAAUGUAGCUUCGGGUUCAAGAGGAAAGGAGAAAGUGAUAGAAGAUGAAGAAGAGGAAGAAGAUGAAAAUGAGAAACUUAAACACAAGGCUUGUGAUGUAAUUCUCGAUGAAAAUAUGCGCAUUGCAAGAGAAGCAGAAGAAAACGAAAAGGCCGAACGUGAAGCUCAAACUACUUUAGCUGGUAAGAAACUGUUAUUUCCUCCUUGGUCCUUGGAGCCAAUUUCGAAUGAAGCACUUGAUAAUCUGAGGCUUCAUUGGUUGGAGCCGAUUACAUCAUUUGAACUGAAGAACACUCUUGAUUUACAACUUGAUUUCCCCAUCACAAAAAAGCAAUCCUAUUUCGUUGUUUUGAUGUGA